UCCCUGCCGGUGGAUCAACUCAACGCACAUGAAACCCACGUCAUCAGCCACAUCAAUGAGCAAGUAGCUAUGUCCGACACCCGCCAAGCAGGAAUGGCAAUCUGAUGCUGUGCAUUCAUGGAAAAAGCACUAUCCUCGGCCAUCUCGCGAAAUCGUCACGCGGACGUAUCGCGAUUCCAUCAACAACAUACCGGGGUUAUCCGUCUGCUACCAAGACGGACACAUACUGCGUGCUGAAAUGCAAGCAUGAACUUUAUGCCUGCUGAGAACUCGCCGCCAAACUACCACUUCCCGCGUGUAGCCAAUGUCCACACUACGAAGCCAAAGUCGCGACGUCCAUGCGAUCCCUGUCGACGACGGAAGUCACGUUGCGAAAUAUCAGACAGCGGACCACCAUGCGUCCUUUGUCAAUUCCAUGAUCAAGAAUGCACCUUCAAUGAAAAUCCACUACCACGGAAACGCCGUGCCGUGGCUAUCGACGAGGUCUCUGAGCCUACCGAAACGAGCCGUGGUCAACUACCUCUUGCAAAAGACUACAGGAGUAGCAUUGCCCCAUCUACAUCACCUCAGGAUACUACAGCCAUAAUCCGGCAGGAUCCGCCAAUCGAUGACUAUGCAAACUUACACGGCCCUUCGCUCUUGAAGAAGACGCUGGGCUUGCAAACUAGCCGGCACAGUCGUCUUGUCGGCUCCACUUCGGAGUACGAACGUCUUUUAUUGGCACUUGAGCCAGUUCAACUCGCUGGCAGUGCUGAUACUUUGGCUGGCCAUCCAAAGUUACGAAAAGUAGAUGAUGCUCAUGCAACGACAUUCGUCUCAUCACCCGAUGCCGGCACACUCAAUAGUCAAGGCGACAUUCCGGAUCUCGACGCCAUCGAGAUAGCCGUUGCACCACAUGGCGCUGCGUUGAUACGUCUCUUCUUUCGGAUUGUACAUCCUAGCUUCCCGAUUCUGCAUAAGAAAGUGUUCCUUGAGAAGUACGAGCGGACUCAUCGAGAAUUCUCGCCGCCGCUAUUAGCUGCAGUUUAUCUCCUAGCCCUCAACUGGUGGUCCUAUUCCAGCGAACUAGCACUGCAACCAAAGCCAGACGUCUCGCAUCUAGAGUCACUAACGAUGAGAUCUUUCAGCAACAUCAUUCAUAGGCCUAAGCUUUCGACUAUACAGGCAGGACUGCUGCUUCUUCAGCGACCAGAGGGCAACAGCUGGGCGUUGACAUGUCAACUGGUCGGGCUAGCGCAGGAUAUGGGACUUCAGCUUGACUGUACAACAUGGCACAUCCCCAUUUGGGAGUGCGGCCUUCGUAAACGUUUGGCUUGGGCUGUAUUCAUGCAGGAUAAAUGGGGUGCACUGGUGCACGGUCGCCCCUCGCACAUUACGCCGAUGGAUUGGGAUGUACAACCUCUGACUGUAGAUGACUUCCCAGAGAGUGCUGCUGAUGAGGAUGACGAAGACGGGAGUACUGAAGUGGAGAAAGGUCGAGUCUUGUUCUGCUAUAUGGUAGAGCUUACACAGAUCUUGGCGCAGAUCCUAUCGACUUUCUACACACUAAAGGCAGAACGUGACUUCGCCAGCAGUGCGCACGAGAGCGUUCGAUCGUUGCUCAAUGCAGCGAAGCCUUUGCAGCUCACACUACGCCAAUGGUAUGCCAACAUGCCAGCUGCGCUAAAAGUGCAGGACAUAGCUGCAAGGAAGCUCUCCAGCGUCGGCUAUCUCCAUCUUGGCUACUACGCAGUCGAAAUGACGCUUCACCGACGCAUUAUCCGCUCAUUAUCUCCAGCAGACGACCCCGAACUCCACACCAUAUGCCGACAAGCAGCGCAGAUUCGGCUCACAUCUGCCAUGAGCUUCGUGCAAUCUCUCCGACCCGAACACUUCCAAUCCUUUUGGUAUUCCUCGUCCACCUACAACUUCAUACUUAUUGGGUCUUUCAUCUCGCUUCUCUGGGUGACAUCUCCCGAUAGGGAAGAGACAGCCAGCUACCGGGGGCAUCUUGAUCAGUAUAGAUGGAUCAUACGCCUCUCAAGCAAGUCAGCAGACUUCCUCGAAAGAGCCCUCAUGUCACUGGAUGUGUCAACUAGUGCGCUAAUGAAAUCCAUUCCUGACGAUAUCGGCUCGGGUAGUACAAUGAUUGGUCGUCAGUCCAACAUGGGAUCAAGUCGCGAUGACGGUGCGCUUGUCCUUGAGGGCAACAGGUCCGUGCCUGUUUCCUUAACUCCUUCCGCUACCCAACCCGAUGGAGGAACACAUCAUACAUCACUGGAAGAGAUCGACAACGCUGAUCACUCGUGGUUUGAUGCGGCAGACGAGAGCAGCUUCGAUGGUGGGUACAACAUCCAUGACGUAACUUUGUUUGGGCGGUCGGAUGUGUCAUGAGACGCGAUCAACUACAGCAUUGAUGGAUCUAUCAUAUCAUUGCAAAAGCUCCCGACGAGCUAGAUAUAUGCAGAUCAUGGCUAAUGUUUGUGAGUUCAAGUGGCGCAGAAUGUUGUAGAGCAAGAAAGUCGACCUUCAUCCUCUUCUUCGGCGAGACGUUCUUACUAAACUGAGCACCUUCGUUUGGAGUAAUCUUUUGACCUGUCAGACGCGCCUGUAAUUGGUCUUGGCUCUAAGCCCUGC